AUGGUAAUCAAAGAAGAGGAGGAGAAGGAAGCUGAAGACAAUGAUGAUCAUCAAGUUGAAGAUAAUGAUGAGCAUCUGGCUGCUUCCUCAAAUGAUCCUGCUGAAGAUGAUGACAUUGAAAAUGCAGAUAGUUUUGAUGAUUAUGAGGAGGAAGUUGGGGAGGAUGAUCAAAAUAAAGUUUUUGAAAUUUACUUAAUCGUGAGGAGGAAGAUGAUGCUGAUUUUGAGUAAGAAGGUAAUACUGAUGAUUUUGAAGGAGACAAUGAUCAGACUAAGAUUUCUAAUGGUUCAGAACGAAAGGAACAUGAUACUGGUUCUGAGGGGCAUGAUGAUGCUAGUUCAGAUGCUGGAUUUCGAUGAGAAUAAAACUAACGAGAAUGACAAUGGUGCGGUGAUCAAAGAGAAGGAAGAAAAUGAAGCUGAAGACAAUGAUGAUCAUCAAGUUGAGGAUAAUGAUGAGCAUCAGGCUGUCUUCUCAAAUGAUUCUGGUGAAGUCGUUGAAGAGGAUUUUGGUGAAAAUGUAGAUGAUUUCGAUGGUUAUGAAGAGGAAGUUAGGGAGAAUGAUCAAAAAGACGAUGACCGGACUAACGUUUCUAAUGGUUCAAAACAAAACGAACAUGAUGCUGGUUCUGAGAGACAAUAUGAUGUUGGUUUAGAGGAGGAGGGGCAUGAUGUUGCUUGUUCAGAGAAGAAGGAGCAAGAUGUUGCUGUUGAUCAUGAGAAGAAAUAUGAUGCUGGUUUGGAUCAAGAAGAUGAUGUCAAAAAUUUUGAUGAAGUCGAUGACCAGACGAAGGUUUCUAAUGGUUCAAAAGAAAACGAAUAUGAUGCUGGUUCCGAGGGGCUAGAUGAUGCUAAUUCAGAUGCUGAUUCAAAGGAUGAGUGGCAAGAUGUUGUUGGUUCAGAUAAAGAGGAGCAAUGUGUUGUUGGUUCAGAGGAGGAGCAAGAUGAUGCUGGUUCGGACGGAAAGGAUCAUGGAGAGGAUUCCGGUGAGAAUGAGACUAAUAAGGAUGACCAUGGUAUGGUGAUCAAAAUAUGGGAGGAUAAUGAAGCUAAAGACAAUGAUGAUCAUCAAGUUGAGGAUAAUGAUGAGGAUCAGGCUGUCUUCUCAGAUAAUUCUGGUGAAAUCGUUGACUUAGAGUUUGGAGUUAAUCUGGAUAGUGAGAAAGCUUUUUGGAAUGAACACAUUACUUCUAUUGUGGCGCAACGCGAUGAUGACUGUGAGAAUGCCAAUGAUGAUUUUAAGGAUGUUGACAUUGAAAAUGCAGAUGGUUUCGAUGGUUAUAAGAAGGAAAUUUGGGAGAAUGAUCAAAAACAAAGGGAACAUGAUGCUAGUACUGAGGGGCAAGAUGAUACUAGUUUGGAUGUUGGUUCAGAGGAGGAUUCAGAUACUGGUUCAGAUGAGAAGGGGCAAGAUAUUGCUGGUUCAGAGAAGGGGCAAGAUGAUGCUGGUUCAAACGGGGAAGGUGAUGGAGAUGAUUCCGAUGAUGAUAAGGCUAAUGAGAAUGACCAUGGUAUGGUGAUCAUUGAAGAGGGGAAAAGAAAGCUGAAGACAAUGAUGAUCAUCUAG